AUGUCAGCGUCUUCUACAGCUUCUGAGGAUUAUACCAACACCACUCAGGAACCAGUAGCUGCCGACAAGGAAUGUGACUUUAGUUGCUUCAUAUCCUACCUACCCUAAUCGGGACACUAACGAAUUUAUUAGGGAUAGAAAAUCUCGGCUAUGCCGCAAAACACUGAAUGAAAUUUCGGCAUGCCCUCUAUAAAUUAUAAAAAAUGAGGAAAAGUAAAUUCCAUAUGGUCGAUUAUAAGCUAAAUCUAGUUUUUUCCGGUUUACUGCAAUAAAAGCUUGGUCCCUGCAUGCACCCGAAUAUUCAGCUGCUAAAUUGUUAAAAUACCUGAAAAUUGCGGAAAGCAAGAGAAAUAAAAGCGCUUGUUUUCGUGUCUAAACGCGGAAAAGUCGAUAUCCUCGUCUGUUUUUCUCCACCAUCACCACGUUCUUUUUAGUUUCUGUUCCUAUUCUUCGAUUUUUGGCCGGGGGCCUCUUCGACCAGCGAGGUUGAUGAGGGCUUUUUUAAAUCUAACGAGUGCCUUUGUAUUAUUAUUAGGAACCUAAACUCAGAUUGUGGGCAUUAUCUCUCCCGCCCUGGGCAGGUGAUUAGAGUUUUGAAAUCCUUGUUUAUUGUCAGUAAUGGAAAUAUUAUCCGUGUCUCAGGUUCGAUUUCCAAUAGUUUGUUUUCAGAUAUUAUGAGUACAGAAUUAGAAUUGGCCGAACAGGCUAUGUACGGCCCGUUCUUCGGAUCGCUGGGCGUUACAGCUGCCAUGAUUUUCACUGCAGCAGGUUCAGCUUACGGAACAGCGAAAUCAGGGACUGGAAUUGCCUCUAUGGCCGUCGCUCGCCCUGAUCUCGUGAUGAAAGCCAUCAUCCCGGUAGUUAUGGCUGGUAUCGUCGCUAUUUACGGACUUGUUGUUUCUGUUAUCAUCUCAGGAAAGAUCAACCCUGGAGGUCCUGACUAUCAUGUCUACACAGGAUUCAGUCAAUUUGCUGGAGGCCUGGUUUGUGGUCUUUGUGGGCUUGGGGCUGGUUAUGCAAUUGGAAUUGCCGGAGAUGCUGGAGUUCGAGCGCUUUCACAACAGCCCCGAUUUUUUGUUGGCAUGAUCCUUAUUCUUAUCUUCGCUGAGGUAUGUUGCGUUUUUUUAAAUUUAUUAUUGCCGUUUAGGUAUUGGGACUCUACGGUAUGAUCGUUGCUCUGAUCUUGGGAGCAGCUUAA